UAUCAAAGAGUUUUAGGCACCCAUUUCAAGUUUAGUUGGUGCCUUCUCGCAGCUGAAUUAAACUAUUGUCCAUGUUUAUCUGUCUGCUUAUCUGUUUUUAGUUGGUGGGUGCUGAGCUUAUAUCCACACCUUUUGAUUAUGGCAAAAUCCUAGUUGGUUUUUUAUAACAUCUCUUUUAGUCCUAAAGGAAUGAAACUACUAACAUGACCUUCCCCUAGAACUGCUCUCUCUCUCUCUCUCUCUCCCUCUCUCUCUCUUUCUCUCUCAAAGAUUUCAAUAUUUUAAUCUUGUCUUUUAUCCCUGUAAGUUGUCAACUACAAGUCUACCAACCCAACAAGUCAACCAACAAACUUACUUCCUAAAGUUUGGUGGGAAGAAGAAACUACAGGCAUGCACAUAAACUUAAAUUUGCCCCUGGAUGUUUCAAAUCUGUCUAUCACAGUUUUUCCUAAAAUUCUUUCAUUCCCAGUUCUUUAGCUUCUUGUUUUUGUGCUGCCUCUAAUCUUUGAAGAAACAUGGACAAUCAUCGUCACCAGAAACCGGCCAAAAUCUCUCCACUAGAAUCCGAAGAAGUCAGCAGCACUAGGUGGCAGUUUAUAACUAUGACAGCACAAGAGGAAGAUCUUAUCCAUAGAAUGCAUAAGCUGAUUGGAGAUAGGUGGGAUCUCAUAGCAGGCAGAAUUCCGGGGCGAAAACCAGAAGAAAUAGAGAGGUAUUGGAUAAUGACUCACCUUGAAGGGUUUGGAAAAAGAAGAAGAGGAUGAGAGAGACAGAGAGAUACAGGCAAUGAGGGUUCAGUCAAUAAGUCCUCAAAGACUUCUGAUGGGUUCUCUACUUCAUCGUUUGUGGUCUCCCUGAAGAUAACAAUCUCCCUAAUAGCUUUAGUGUAUUACAAGUACCCUUUCUAAGAACACAUGGUAUGGAACAGAGCUAUCUUUUAUCAAUCAAAUAACACAGUAUAAUUUAUGAUUCCAAAUCAAAAACUAAAGCAAAGAGCAAAGACUAUUCAGUU